AUGGAAGGUGAAAUGAAGUUGAAACCUGGACAAGUAAACAUUCUCACGGCAGACUUCGCUACUCCGGGCAUGCUUACACUUGACAUUAAAGAAUUGGACACGCUCAAGGUCAACUUCAAGGUCGAAGGGCAAAAGGAUCUGGAUCAGAAUGCGGCUAAUCAGGUGGUGAAGGAGAGGUUGGCUUCAAAAAAACCCCAUGAGAUCUACAAGGGGUAUGCAGACGUUCCCAUGAACACCGACAAUGCCUGGAUUGAGACGACGGUCGUGAAUAUUCAUGACGAGGACGGAAAAUUAUUUGAUGGCGUCAGCAUUCUUGCCGGGCCCAAAGCUCGAUUUGUGACGUGGCAAACUCUCUCCACCGAUCUGCCACUGUGGGGUCCCCAUGCAUACUUCCUCAGACUGGUGGAGAAGCACGUGAAAGAUAACUACAGCGUUACAACAGACACGACGCCUACUUCUGAGCUACGCCCGACAUAGGGCCUACUUCUGAGUUACACCUGCCUGACAUAACGCCUAUUUCUGAGUUACACCUGUCUGACAUAGCGCCUACUUCUGAGUUACC